CGAAAAGCGUUGAGAUGCAGCAAACAAAUAUAUUUCAAAUAAUAAUAUAGUUCACUUAUUAUUAUGAUGAUUAACGAAGCAUCAACACUUCCGAAAGAAACCGUUUGUGAAUCUCAGCUCCAGUCCAACUUUACCACGGAAGAUUCAAAUUUUGGUGGUUCCAGGAGGGCAACCAGUGUGUCCAGAAGGAACAGCGAGGUCGGAGGACAGGGCAGCACUAGUAGCAACGAGAACAGCCUCAGCAACCUCAAUUUCAGUUACCAAGCCACGAGUGCGGGCCCGAUGGAUCCUCCCAUGCAUAGCGAACAGCAUGCGGAGCUCAUGAAGAAACUGAACGAAGCAUCGAGAACGUCCGUGAAAAACCAUCACACGAACCAUCAAGCCGCAGCCGCAGCCUCAAGUGCUUGCGUCAACAAUCCCGGCGUCUCACCGCAAAACGGGCGAUCCUUGUUGUCGGAUCCACUCGAGCUAUUCGUCCAGCUCCAAAAGCAAAAGGCAGAGGCGUCCAAUCGAAUGGGAGGAAGCAACAGCACCUGUUCUGGUUCUUCCCUGCAGAACAGUGUUUCGUUCUCCCCGAUGUCUUCCUUUUCAAGAAUCAACACGAUAGGUUCUAUUUCCAAYGUUGGAUCCUUYGCAAACAUGGGAUCUCUGUCCAAGCUGAGCAAUGGGAAUCUGUCUAUGGUGCUCUCACAAGGAGCUGCAAACCGGCCCAUGAACGGCAUGAACAACCAGUCCUGGGGGAAUCUACAUCUCAACAACACACACAUGAGCAAUAACAUKAACAUGAACGACCGAAUGCAAUCGAGUCUCCCCGGCAUGAACAUCGCCGAGACCUUUGGUGGCGCCAAUGUGAACAACCUGCGGUCGAUGAACAUGGCGGGCAUCGGGAGGAACAUGAACGUAGGCGCUGGUGUAGGGGACAGGAGCAACGAUUUUCCCCUCAUGGCUGAUCGCAUCGGGGCUACCUUUCACGAUCUAGGAAAUGCCCCGUUUCCUACUAACACCAGCAACCCCACUGUAGGCGGCAGCGCGAACUUCCGGCGAACGGAGGGUUUUUUCUCUUCCGAGGGAUUCGCAAGUAACGCGGCGAACAACAACAACAACACUAGCAGCAGCAGCAGUGGCGGCACCAACAACGCUGUAGCUAGUAAUCUAUCGUCCAACGAUUUCAGCAAGCUAACCACCGAGGAGCUGAGGCAGAUCAUAAUGCGGGACGUCUGGAACAACAGAAGCAGCAACAACAACAGCCAUAACGACAACAGCAGCAACAACGGGGGGCAACGGAGAAUCCAGCAGCGCCGUGCGAGCACCGGGACCAACACCUACGCCAACAACACCAGCAACAUUAUCACUAGCAAUAGCAACAGUGCUACCGAAUUCAACAGCCGAAGCGGGAAUCCAUUCCUCAAGAACCUCGGAACCAUGGACUACCGCAACCACGUGCUCCCCCUGAGUUUGCAGCACCACAGUUCCAAGGCGCGUAGACGGGCCUCGAUGGGUGGUCUGGUCCAGGGGGGACGGCAGCCGACAUCGAGCAGCUCGGAUGCCACGAUSGACCACAUCUCUUCCACUGGUAUGUUUUCGAACGAAACCUGUGGCGAUGGAAGCAGCGGGCCGUCGGCCUUUCCCUUCCAAUCGUCGAGCGAGCUUUCGCAACAGCACGGCAGCAGCGUAUCGUCAUCGUCACACUCAAGACAGGGGACGAUGCCSGGUGAAGACGAAUCCUACAUUGCCGCCGAGAACGGAAUCCUGGCACCGUGGUCGGACCGUGCCGCCGGCUUGCUUGGCGACAUGAUGGAGCAAUCAAACGAGGACGARAAGGCCCGGAAGGCCUCCCGCAAGAAACCCAAGGACAARCCAAAGAGACCUCUGAGYGCAUACAAYAUCUUUUUCAAGGAAGAACGGAGCCGGAUCCUGGAAGCAAGGGCAGCUGGAAACGCCGCUUCCACCCCGGARGAGGUUCCACAAGAUGGCACCAGCAACGAUUCGGGGGGCAUUGGCGACAGCGGAGCAACAGGCAAGAAAGGCAAGUCSAAGGCGAAGCAGAAGGGGAAAACUGCGCACGGAAAGAUCGGCUUCGAGUCUCUUGCAAAGCUGAUUGGACAACGGUGGCAGGAACUCGACGACGAUUCCUUUGCCAUGUACAAGUCCAAGGCGAGCGUGGACAUGGACCGRUACAAMCGCGAGAUGGAGGCAUGGAACACUAAGCGCGGGRCCACUUCCAGGAAGAGGAGCUCGAGGAGCAGCAGCGGCAACUCCAGCAACGGGACGAGGCGUCGUCUGAGCUCCAGCGGAACCAACCAGGCCGAAGCGGAGCCCCRAGAAGAGCAGCUAGAGGAGCAAGCCAGUGCUCCACACAACGAUACGGAGCAGAGYGUUCCCACUGGGGGGGACUUGUCRCUGACGUCAAAGACUSAGGCGAGUGGUCCAGAUUCAAAUUCAGGCGGCAGCAACAACGGCGGUUGGGGAUUCCGGAAACUGAAAGAAUCUCGAUUGCAGUCGGCACUGUUUCAGCUGGGGGUGGAAGAGGACUAGSUAUGGUUUKCUGCAAACGAUGGCUACAGUUCAG